AAAGAGUAGAGAUAGAAAGGAAGCGAGAGAGGGACGCAUCAUUGAGUGGGAGGAAGUUUGCGAUAAAGACAGACUAACUGAGAGGAAAAGCAGAGAGAUCGAGAAGGUAGAAAUACCAGAAAGAGAGAGAAAGAGAAAUAGAGGUGGAGUGAGAGGUCUCUCGAUAUUAAUCGUUUUAUCUGUUGGACGAAGGGGCACCGAGCAGGACGUGGAUCCUCUUCCAACGAAAGACACGGACAUGUCGUGGCUGGACUCUUAUUCGCAUUUGACGAGUGACACGUGUUCACCACUCGCGUCUUUACGAUUCGAGGGACGACAGCACGACGACAUUACAAGACUUCGCUGAUUACAACACGUCGUUUCAUUCCUCGUCGUCAUCGUCUCCAUCCGCGUUUCUUCUCAUCUUCCUUUUUUUUCUGGCGCUUGGCAUUCACGAGCGACAAAAUUGACGACGGAUUAUCCGAGGAAAAAUUGUGACGACGUUGUUCGAUUGUUGGUGACCGACCGCGAGCUGACUGGACUCGCGAUCUCUUCAUCUUUGUUCGAUCAUGGACGACGAAAAGAUCAAGCUGUUUAAAGACAAGGCGAUUUAUGGCUACGGAACAAGCAUCCCGCCUAACAAUAAUGAAGACGAGGAGAAUGAAAUGUCAUCGCGGAAGGUGAUUUUCUGCGUUCACGGAAAAUUAUCAGGCUGUUGCACAGUGGUGAAGGGCACUCUUGAUGAAAAUGCAGCUACGGAUUAUCAGCAGAAUCCAAUAUCUCCGGAAGAUCAUUGUCACAGAGAAAGAAACGAGGAGAUUGACAAGAAGGCCCGAAGAAAGUUAUUGAUUGCCAGCGUGCUUUGCGUCGUUUUCAUGAUAGCAGAAAUAGUUGGCGGAGUAUUAUCGAAUAGUUUGGCGAUAGCGACCGAUGCUGCACAUUUAUUAACUGACUUUGCCUCGUUUAUGAUAUCUCUCUUUUCUAUCUGGGUUGCAAGUAGACCAGCCACCAGAAAAAUGCCUUUUGGUUGGUAUCGUGCAGAAGUUAUCGGCGCGUUGACUUCAGUUUUAUUAAUAUGGGUAGUCACUGGCAUUUUAUUCUACCUCGCGGUUGAAAGAAUCGUUCACAAAAACUUUGAGUUAGACGCGACAGUGAUGCUGAUCACAUCUGCAGUUGGUGUUGUGGUAAAUCUAGUAAUGGGCCUGUCGUUGCAUCAACAUGGCCAUAGCCACGGUGGCCAUAACCAUGGUGGGAACAAUGACUUGGAAAAUGUACUCGAUGAUGAUCUCAAAGCGGAGAAAAAGAAUAUCAAUGUACGCGCCGCUUUCAUUCAUGUUUUAGGUGAUUUUAUUCAAAGUGUAGGAGUACUCAUUGCCGCAUUAAUCAUUUACUUCAAGCCGACGUGGAGCUUAGUGGAUCCGAUAUGCACGUUUCUCUUCUCCGUAUUAGUUAUUCUCACUACCGUAGCGAUUAUUAAAGACGUAGUUAACGUCCUGAUGGAGGGAAUUCCCAAAGGUUUCGAAUAUUCCCAAGUGGAAAAUACAUUCAUGCAAAUAGAUGGAGUCGUUAAGGUUCAUAAUCUUAGAAUUUGGGCGCUCUCGCUCGACAAAACUGCCCUGUCGGCGCAUCUCGCUAUAAAACCUGGAGCGAGCCCCCAGAAUAUCUUACGCACCGCCACGAGAAAUAUCCACGAUAAAUACAAAUUCUUCGAGAUGACGUUACAAAUAGAGGAAUUUAAUGAACGAAUGGAAAACUGUAAACAAUGCAAAGCACCACCGCAAUAAAUCACUAUCAUUAUUAUAUGCGGUAUAGUCGUGAUAUAAGAGAUGCGUGACUCGCAUCGAUGAUAAUAAUAAAAGUCUCGUGAUCGUUACGACACUUUAUCGAA